AUGUCUAUUACCCAACUCACGCGUGCGACCUUCAUCGCCGCCAACCAUGCUCAAAUCGCACUCUCCCAGAAGACCAUGUACGAACUAGCCGAGGGAAAAGAAGGAGUCAAAGAGGUGCCUAUACCAGAGAGCUUCAAAAAGUCCGGUAUCCCACAAGGAUAUAGUGUUGGUGUCACUCGUGCGAUUCCUCCCGUGUCAUCCUCUGGCGUCCCCAUAGCCAUGGGGCGGUUCCGCAGAAUGCCAUCACGAAGAAGGUUUUUCAAGGCCAGAGCUCGCAGGAGCUCGCGUCAUGUUGACGGUGUUGCUGAGGAGCUCGAGCGGGAUCUUAACCUCGGCAAGAACCCCCACGAGGAUAAAGUCGGAGCAGGAGGACAGUCAAAGUUGAGUCACCGGCCGAUGAGUGGUGGCGGUGAUACGUUCACGAAGCCUAUGGGGGGGCUCCGACGCUUGAGAGGUUAUUCGGGUCCGAUUAAUGUCACCCGAAACGCACCAGUUGAGUCCAACGGCAUAACAACAUGCUGGGAGAACUGUCAGAUGAAUGGCGCUACGAAGAAAGUCGAUCAUUAUGGGGCACGUACCGUAAAUGCAAACAACAAAAGUCGUGCGGCGAAUAUGUUGCUCAGGCCUGCCAUCCGUGACCCAGGAUUGAGGUGGUGA